UUCAAGUGCGACAUAUGCAGCAAAGUCUUCAGGCGCAAAAAUGGCCUCGAAAUUCAUAAAAACCAGCACACUGGCAGAAAACCGUGCGUGUGUGAUGUUUGUGGUUUCUCUUGCAACGACCCGAGCAAUUUAAACAAACAUAAAAAACGUCAC